UUGAAAAAGUUAAAUCAUAAAUUUAGUCGGUGGAGUCUAAAUUUAUAUUUAAAAUUACAUUCAAAUCCUACCAAUUUUUACUCUCUUGGAAUAAUGGUUUUAACGAAGAACAGCUAUUUGGUAAGAUGAUUCCUCUUGGAAUUUAAUGAAUUUAUUUGCUGAUGUUAGCGAGUCAAAACAUACAUUGGUUCUUCUUUCGUAGGCAAGUUUGAUUAUUAUUUUUCUAUGGAAGUUUCACUCGCAGUCAAAUGAUUUGACUGUCACCUAGCCCGUGGAUAAUUGAUGAACGAUAUGGACUUAUGUGCUACGAGUCCCGAAGAAUAAUUCCUCUUUUUUACUUUUUUAUUAGAAAAAAGUAAAUUAUGUUCCCUAGCCAUUUCUAUCGUCGAUAGAAAUAAUAUUUUUAUUUAUGGUCUUUAAAAAAAUUAGAAAUAGAUAUUGUUAUUUAAAAACUUACCUGUUAGAAACCUUUAUAGAAAAUGAGGAACAGAGAUUUAAGCUUAGCUUUUAAGUAUAUAUUUUCGAUUAUGAGAUUAGAGUUUGAAAAAGAUUUGAGCAGUCUGAUACAUUUAAAGAAUAUGGAUAAUCGAUGCAAGAAAUUUAUAUCUUUCUUCUUGUUCAUGAGUCGGUCUACUAUGAUCAAGAUCCAUACUCCCUUUUUUGGAAGCAUAAAAAAAUCUCCAAAAUUACAAGAAAGACGAGACUACAACCACUACUUGCUCAGUAGUAAAACGCCUUCCUCCUUGACUUGACUUUCCUAGUUGCCCGACUCCUCUUCAAACCCAAAAACCUUAAAUGACCUCGAUAAACUAAAAAAAGAUUAAUGAAAAUUGAGAAAUAGAAACACAGAGAAUAGUAAACAACAAAGUUAUUAAACGACUCCCCAAUAUUUCCAAACCUGAAAAUUUCUAAAACCAGUGAGGAUGAAAGCAUGGUAAAAAGAAGAAACAAUGAAAAGAUGUAGUUAGCCGAAUAAGUAAAAGUAGAAAAGAGGUCGAAGGCAUAGGGUACCCUACUUGUAUGGCCGCCUUAUAGGACUUGUUUUGGAACAACUCGCGGCGUAGGGUAAUCGUGGCAGACAGAAUUUAAUACCCACCAUUCUCCCCCAACUGAUCUUCAAUCCUCAUCUCUACACCCUUUUUUUAUCAGAGAAAAAAAGCAAUAUAUGAACACUAAAGAGCAACCUCUAAAUCUAAAACCAAACCACCAAUGAACUCUACAGACCAACUCUGCAACUUUGAAGCUACUAAAAUCCCACAGCCACAGCCACAGCCACAGCCACAGCCACAGCCACAUGGAGAACGUAAGAAACAGGUUAGAAGGAGACGCCAAAGCCGAAGGCUUUAUAAGCAAAUGCCUCUGAAUAUGGCUGAAGCUAGAAGAGAGAUUGUAACUGCACUCAAGCUUCACAGAGCAUCAACAAAAGAAGCUAAAGAACAGCAACAAAAACAGGACCAACAGAUUAAACAUUCACUUCCUGUGUACCCUCAUCAAUUCACCCCUUGUUUUGAACCUGAAAGAAGAAUGAAAUCCAGGAGAAAUCCCAGGAUAUACCCUGAUUGCUCAUUUUAUUUCGAAAAUGGGUCUGAUUUUAUUGCUCCUCCACCUGUUGCACAGAGUCUCCAUUUAGAUAUCCCUAUACAAACCUUAGGUCUGAAUCCCAAUUUUGAGGAUACUAGUUCAGUUGUUUGCAGCAGCAACAACAACAACAACAACCAUUCAUUUUAUUCACUUUCAUUCUUGCCCCCAUCUUCAUAUAUUUGUCCCACAUUUGAUUAUGCUGCUACUACUCAUCAGGAAGUUCCCAAAUCAAUUUCNGGAUUUUUGGAAAAUGUGGCUGCUCUCUCUCUCUCUGCCUCUUGCCUUUACCUCCAUCUGAAGAGCCUUCUGAUCGCCCUAUGA